AAGAAGAGUGUUGCCAAGUCCGCGGUUUUCUCGCGGAUUAGCCUACUUUAACGCUGUUGCCGCUGGUUGAAGCGAACCCAGUAACGUCAUAUUUAACCAAUGGAAUUCGAAUUAACCAGGGUAACCCCGACAAAAAAAAAACAAAAAAACAAACAAUAACAAAAAACUAAACCAAACAACAACGUAUAGUUUACACAUUGGAACCCCCGCCCCCGGCCAAAACGCGAUUGGGCUAGUUUUAGGCUAGUUUUGGGCUAGUUUUAAGUAGCAAUUGGGCGGGUUUUGUUGUAAAGAUCCUGGCAACCCUUGUGAUAAACCUGUUUCGAAGAGAAGAGGAAUAGACCGCACAAUUGGGGACAUCUUUCUCAAAUAAACACGGAGGUGAUCCAUCUGUCGGGACAUGGCUCGGGAUUUCAAACCUGGUGAUCUGAUUUUUGCUAAAAUGAAGGGUUAUCCCCACUGGCCUGCAAGGAUUGACGAGAUUCCAUAUGGAGCUGUCAAACCAUCAAAUAUAAAGUUUCCUAUCUUCUUUUUUGGCACUCAUGAAACAGCAUUCUUGGGUCCAAAAGACAUCUUUCCAUAUUUGCCUAAUAAAGACAAAUAUGGCAAACCUAACAAAAGGAAGGGGUUUAAUGAAGGCUUGUGGGAAAUUGAAAAUAACCCUAAAGUGGAGCUUAACGGACAUAAGAUAAUGAAUACUGGAGCAGUUCCUGUCAAGGACUUAAACAGCAGUCAAGAGGGGGAUGAUGAGAAGAGGAGAAAGUCUGCUCAAGUGGCUGGCAGUGAUGAGGAGGAGGGGGAGAAAAAUGAAUGUGGUGACAUGGAGGUUUCUGAUCAGGGACAUUUGAAAGAUGAAGACUUAUCACAGAAAGAUACCACACAUGUCUCUGCCAAAGAUAAAAGAGGAAGGAAGAGAAAGAUUGAAGCUGAACGAGACUCUGAUACAGAAAACUCAAGCCCCACUUCAAGUGCUCCUGGGUUAGAUUUAUUAUCAGCAGGUGGACCAGUUCCAUUACUUAAGCGCAGAGGAAGGAAACCUAAAAUGGAGAAAUCACUGAUUCUGCAACAACGAGCUUCAAAGGAGACAUUGAGAUUAGGAAAAGAUGGGAAGAGAGAUGACAGAAAAGGAGACAAGAGAAAGGACAUUUCUGCAGAGUCCAGACUGCAGAAGUUGCUUGGGGAUAUUAAAACAUCUUUGAAGAUUGAUAACCUCGAUGUGAAGAAAUGUUUAGUUGCAUUGGAUGAGUUGAAUUCAUUGCAUGUUACUACUCAACAUCUUCAGAGACACUGCGAACUCAUAGCUACUCUUAAAAAGAUCCGUCGGUUCAAAGCCAGCCAGGAUGUGAUGGACAAAGCCACAAUGCUUUAUAAUAAGUUUAAAAGCAUGUUUUUAAUGGGAGAAGGAGAGUCAGUGCUUAGUCAAGUGCUCAAUAAAAGUCUGACUGAACAGAGACAGUUUGAAGAGGCCAAGAGGGGAGUGCUAAAAAACACAGAACAGACCAAAGAGCAGAAAGAGGUCUGUAUCCAAGCAUGUUAACAGAAAGUUGAGUGGAAUGAAAAAGUGUAGAAGAUGGAAGAAAUAUGCACAACCAACCGAGAGAACGACAGCCUUAUGAGGAUUGUCAAGUAAACUGGAUUCAAGAAUUUUAGAGAACUUCACAGAGAAUGCACUGAGGCUGGGGGCAAAGCUUCAAGAGCCACCACACACAAAAGUGUCAAGGAAUUUGGCUACAGUUGUCAUAUUCCUCUUGUUAAGCCACUCCUGUACCAGAGACAAUGUCAGAGGCAUCAUACCUGGGCUAAGGGGAAGAAGAAAUGGACUGUUGCCAUUGGUCCAAAUUCCUUUAUUCAGAUGAUAGCAAGUUUUUUAUUUAAUUUGUAAACCAAGGUCCUCGAGUCUGGAGGAAGGGUGGAGAAGCUCAUAGCCCAAGUUGCUUGAAGUCCAGUGUUAAGUUUCCACCAUCUGUGAUAGUGUUGUCAAAAGACCCAGUACUUCGGUUCCAAGUCGGUACAAAAAAAAUUAAAAUGUCACGGUACCAGGUAUCUUUAAGUACAGAGUACCCAGUCAACCCGAUUCUUGAUGCAUACAGCGCUAUGAAAACGUGGACGGAAUCUCAAAAUCCAGUCAUGAAAAUGAAACUUACAUUUUAAUAUGGACAGUCACGGAAUUUGUCAAAGUUAGCAUAAAUUAAUCAAAACAAAUUUCCAUAUGGACCAGUAUCUGUAAAUGUUAAGCUUCAAAAGUUGGUUGAAAUAUGAAUCCUGCAUGUUCUGCACGUCUCUGUGUGAAUGAAUUAAUGGCAAAGACAUGCGAGUUUGUUUACUACAUAGACUGAAGCACGUAACGCUUGCAGUAAUUUCAGCAUCUGCUGUCUUAAUGAGGACAUAAAUACUUAAACAACAUCACUAGAACUGUUCUGAGUCACCUUACAAGCAUUUCACUGGUAUCGGUACCGAAUACUGAAAUUCUGAUACCGUGACAACACUAGUCUUUGAUGAUUUGGUGUGCAAUGUCAUCUUCUGGUGUUGAUCCAUUGUGCUUUUUGAAAACCAAAGUCACUGCACCCAUUUACCAAAUCUUGGAGCACUCUAUGCUUCCUUCUGCUGACCAGCUUUUUGAAGAUGCUGAUUUCAUUUUCCAGCAGGAUUUGGCACCUACCCACACUGCCAAAAGCACCAAAAGUUGGUUAAUGACCAUGGUGGUGUUGUGGUUGACUGGCCAGUAAACUCACCAGACCUGAACCCCAUAGGGAAUCUAUGGGCUAAUGUCAAGAGGAAAAUGAGAAAAAAGAGACCAAAAAAUGUAGAUGAGCUGAAGGCCACUGUCAUACCUUCCAUACCACCUCAGCAGUAGCACAAACUGAUCACAUCCAUGCCACGCUGAAUUGUUGCACAAAUUAAAGCAAAAGGACCCCCUACCAAGUAUUCAGGACAUGUACAGUAAAUUAAUAUACUUUCCAGAAGGUCAACAAUUCACUAAAGUUUUAUUUAUUAAUUUAUUUAUUAGGGCCCGAGCACCGAGGUGCGAGGACCCUCUUGUAUCUGCUUUGUUUAUUAGGGUCCGAGCACCGAAGGUGUGAGGACCCUAUUGUAUCUGCUUCGUUUAUUAGGGCCCGAGCACCGAAGGUGUGAGGACCCUAUUGUAUCUGCUUCGUUUAUUAUUAUUUAGGGCUCAAGCCUGGAGGGCGAGAGCCCUAUUGUUUUCCUUAGGAUUAUUUUUUAUUAUUAUUAUUAUUAUUUAUUUAUUUUUUUUCUAACGUUACGGGGACUUUUGGGGCCCUUAACAUGCUUAAAAAGUCUUGAAAAUUGGCACACACCUUGGAACCUGCGGCCAUUAGGGCCGGGCAGAGUCUGAUACACGGGCCUGGCACAGGGGCUCUACAGCGCCCCCUGUAGUACCGAGGGCCAUAUAUCAUGCAUACUUGCACGCAUAGAUAUGAAACUUGGUACAUAUAUAUAACUCAUCAAACCAAACAACUUUGACACUGCAUGUCAUAAGCUCCGCCCAACAGGAAGUUGGCUAUUUAGGGUUUUAUGAAAAACACAUGCUCUGGAAUUUGAUAUACUCCUCUGAGGAACUCCACCCGUUCACCACAAAACUCGGUGAACACGAUCUCAAGACAUUGGGGAUGCUAAAUUGCGAAGAGAUUUUUGAUAUCUCGAAUGGUUUGCCCGUGGCGAGGCGUUGAAAUUAUGGCGAGAAAUGAGAAACAGGAAAUGUAUAAUAACAUCCACAUACAUUUCCUGAUUUUGAUCAAACUUAAUUGGUUUGUUCGUUGUAUGAUACCGAUCGUAUAUAUGUGACUAUUAGGAGUCAAAGUUAUAGCGCCACCAACUGGCAGCAGGAAGUGAAUCAUUUUCAGAACGCUUUGAAUUCAGCAUCUUAUUUUUACUUGAUUUGCUUCAAACUUCAUCAGAAUAAUGACAAAACACAGCCGAAGAAAAUCUGUCGUGGGGAUAUUUAUAUCUAAUAUAGUGUUGCCAUGGCAACGUGUCAAACUUGAAUGUUCUGUUCUGGUGAUUUUUAGGCAGAUAACUAGCUCAGAUUUACAUGAAACUCGAAACAGAUAUCAGUAUUAAAGAUAGCUAGACCAUGGCAAAAGCUUUUAAAAGGGCGUGGAAGAGGCACUCUAUAGCGCCACCUUUUGUCAAAAGUGGGGGGGUUAGUUUUAGCUACAGACACCAAACUUGGUACAUAAAUUGUUCUUAUCAAGACGGACAACUUUCUAAUUCACAGUCAUCAGCUACGAUCAACAGGAAGUUGGCUAUUUUGACUUGAAUAUGGAUUUUUGGGAAUUUUCUUUUGUGAAUUAAUGCAUACUCCUCCCAGGGGAAGUACACUAUACACACCAAACUUUGUCUACAUUAAGAAAAAACAUUGAGGAACUUAAAUUGCGAAUGAAUUUUGGAUAGCUUGAACGGUUUUGUCGUGGUGAUUUUUUGAAAUAACAGUAAAAAGUGAAACAUUAAUCGUCUUGUAUUUUUAAAUUGCAGUUUCCAAACCUUUAAAAAACAUUUUUCAUUUAGAAAACCAGUGAUUCUGAGGAAAUAUGCAUAGUUUCAUGACUUUACAGCACUGUAUGAUUAAAAGAAAAUUAAAAAACUGUCAGACAUCUGAUCUCACUCUGUCACUCUGUGUGAGGAAUGUAUGUGUGCUGACUGUGUUUGUGUGUGUGUGUGUGUGUGUGUGUGUGUGUGUGUGUGAGUGGGGGAGAGGUGUGAGGUGUGAGGUGAGUGGCAGACAAGACAGGGAGAGAGAGAGGGACUUAAACAUCUCUUUAAUCACAAGAAAAAAAAAAUAUUAUUUUAAAUUGUAAUUUUUUUUGUUGUUGUUGCUAAUUGUGCUGUUUUCAUUACAGCUUAAGAAAUAUCUUAGGCCUUAUCCUUUUCUGACAGUUUCAGGGAUUAAAAAAUUCUAAAAAUACUUAUUUUAGCUGCAAAUAAUAAUUUCAAACUCAUUUGAUACUGACCUCUGACACCCUGUGACAUGACAUUUAUUUGAAUUUACAUAAUCUCAACGAUGUAACAGUAAAACUGUUCAGCUCACAGAUGAAGACGAAGCUGUGAUGCAAGCAGAACUAUUUCACAAAUGCUUAAAGGUUAAUGAAAUCAAAAGUGAAAGUGAAAGUGAAGUGACAUUCAGCCAAGUAUGGUGACCCAUACUCAGAAUUUGUGCUCUGCAUUUAACCCAUCCGAAAUGCACACACACAGAGCAGUGAACACACACACACACUGUGAGCACACACCCGGAGCAGUGGGCAGCCAUUUAUGCUGCGGCGCCCGGGGAGCAGUUGGGGGUUCGAUGCCUUGCUCAAGGGCACCUAAGUCGUGGUAUUGAAGGUGGAGAGAGAGCUGUUCAUGCACUACCCCCACCCACAAUUUCAUCCGGCCCGAGACUAGAACUCACAACCCUUCGAUUGGGAGUCCAACCCUCUAACCAUUAGGCCACGACUUCCCCUUUACACCCUAUAUAUCCCCUUUACUGUAACAAAACACUUUUAAAUUAUUUAAGGAUUUGGUAACACUUUAAAAUAAUGUCUCAAUUGUUAACAUUAGUAAAUGCAUUGGUAACACUUCAUAAUAGCUGCACUCCUAGCUAAGCAUUAGUAAAUAGCCAGUUCAUGCUUUAUAUAUCCUUCUCCCAAAAUUAAUAUUUUAGUAAGCAUUUUAUAAAUACAGCUAUAAUUAAAUUGUUCAUAGUUUAUAUGCACAUUUAUUUUGAGGAGAUUAAAGGCUGUUAUCUUCCAAAAUAAAAAAUAAAUAAAAAAAUAAAAAUAAACAAACACAGAACUAAAAAGGGAAUCAUUAAUUGGCUUGUAUUUUUAAAUUGCAGCUUCCAAACAUUUCAAAGCAUUUUUUCAUACAGAUCAAAUCAUUCUGAGGAAAUAUGCAUAGUUUCACGACUUUACAACACUGUAUGGACAACAGAAGAUUUAAAAACUGUCAGACUUCUUAACUGACAUGAUCUCACUCUGGCCACUCUGUCUGUGUGAGGGAAGGGAGGGGGAGAGGGAGGGGGAGUGUGAGGGGGUUGGUGACUGACUGCAUUUUUGGUGACUGACAGUGUGUGUGGAUUGUAGGAAGGGGAGGUGCUAUCUGGCAGAGAGAGAGACAGGGAGAGAGAGAGAGACCUAAUCAUCUCUUUAAUCAUCAGGGGGGAAAAAAAAUCAGUAUUUUCAAUGUUUAUUGUUUUUGUUGUUGCUAAUGGUGGUGUUUUUUCCUUUCAUUACAGGUUAAGAAAUCUCUUAGGCCUUAUCCUUUUCUGACAGUUUUAGGGAUUUAAAAACAUCCUAAGAAUCCUUAUUUGUGUUGCAAAUAAUAAUUUCAAACUCAUUUGAUACUGACCUAUGACAACCUGUGACGUGACAUGACAUUUAUUAAUAUCAUGGAUGUAACAGUAAAACUAUUCAACUGACAGAUAAAGCUGCAAUGCAAGCAAAAUUAUUUCACAAAUGCUUAUAGGUCAUUAAAAUCAUUACAAAACACUAAUAAAUUAUUUAAGGAUUUGGUAACUGUAAAAUAAUGUCUAAUUUGUUAACAUUAGUAAAUGCAUUGGUAACACUUUAUAAUAACUGCACUCAUUAGCUAAGCAUUAGUAAAUAGUUAAUGAUUAUAAAGCCUUUUCCCUUAAUAAUAGUCAUUAUUAAGCAGUAAUACAUCUAUAAAUAAAUUGUUCUUGGUUUAAAAGCACAUAUAUUACAAAAUAGAUUAAAGUCUCGGUUGUCUUAUAAAAUAAAUGAAUAAACACAACCCAGUUUGAUUCAGAAUUCAGAAAUAUUUAUUUCGAGAUGCAAUAAAAGGAAACUGUACACUUGAAUAGCUUUUGAGCGAUUAUUGAAGGAUUAGCAUCACCUCCUCUUGUACGAUGGUUUGAGGAAUAUAUCUUCCAGAUAGUACCGCCGCUCCCUAUAUGCAUAGUAUGCAGUUUUCGUAGGGCACCAACUCCCAGAGGGGGCACCAUCCCAGUUGCUCAAAAAAAAAAAAAAAAAAAAAACAUUCUCCCAUCUGUGCUCGCGACCGCUCACACCUCAUGUUUGCGGCUGAAUGUUCGUAAUUGAUGGAUGGACAUCUAUGCCUGGGUAUAGGACAUCAGCAAUCAGGCACAGAGAAAAGAAAACUAAAGAAAAAAAAAACAGGCAUAAAGUUGUCUUGACAUUGGACAUUCGAGAGUCUCAAAUUUAGGGCCGGUCUCUAAAGUUACAUGUGAUAUUGUUAUACACUUUUCUAACGUCAGUAGCAUUUGAAGAGAAUGACUUACAGUCAUAAAAACAACUGUAAUUGUUCAUCUAGGUGACAGCUAUAAUGCACAAUUAAUUUGAAUGUUUGAUAUUUAUUACAACAAACUGUAAGUCAUAUGUAAAUUAUGCUACUUUUUCACAUGGGCUCAAAUGCAAAUUUGAAGCUCAAUAGCAUUUGUGUAAAUGCAUUGGUAACACUUUAUAAUAACUGCACUCAUUAGCUAAGCAUUAGUAAAUAGUUCAUGAUUACAAAGCCUUUUCCCUUAAUAAUAGUCAUUAUUAAGCAGUAAUACAUCUAUAAAUAAAUAUAAAAAUAAAGUGUUACUAAAGUUAUAUAUAUUGUUCUGUGUAUGUGAUUUCAAAGUCUAGAUUGGUCGGAUUAACCCUUUAACUGCCGCAUCCCUUUAAACUUGAUUGUCAGAGGGUUACUGUAAAUGCUUAUGCCCGGUGGGCACAGUUUUCCCGAUGCCACCGGGGUGGCGUUGCACUGACGGCUUGAGCCCGACAUCGCUGCUUGCAGCUAUAUUUAGGGCUCAAGCCCAAAGGGCGAGAGGCCUAUUGUUUUCCUUAGGAUUAUUUUUUAUUAUUAGGGCUCAAGCCCAAAGGGCGAGAGGCCUAUUGUUUUCCUUAGGAUUAUUUUUUAUUAUUAUUAUUAUUAUUAUUAUUAUUAUUAUUAUUUUUUUCCAACGUCUCGGGGGCUUUUGGGGCCCUUAACGUGCUUAAAAAGUCUUGAAAAUUGGCACACAGAUUGGAACCUGCGGCCAUUAGGGCCGGGCAGAGACUGAUACACGGGCGUGGCACAGGGGCUCUACAGCGCCCCCUGGAAUAUGGAGGGCCAUAUAUCAUACAUUCUUGCUCGUAGACGUAUGAAACUCGGUACACAUAUAAAUCUCAUCAAUCCAAACAACUUUUGUAUUGCAUAUCAUAGGCUCCGCCCAACAGGAAGUUGGCUAUUUAGGGUUUAGUAUUCAAAUUUUUCGUCAAAGUUGUGGGGGCUUUUGGGGUCCUUAACAUACUCAAAAACUCUUGAAAAUUUGCGCACACUUUGGAAUCUGUGGCCUUUAGGAGCCUGCAGAGGCUGGGACCCGGGCGUGGCACAGGGGCUCUACGGCGCCCCCUGGAACACAGUCAUAAAUGUUGAUGUAUAGCUCACACAUACUUGCACAUAUUCAUAUGAAACUCAGUACACAUAUAGAUCUCAUCGUGCCGAACAACUUUCGUAUUGCAUGUCAUAGGCUCCGCCCAUCAGGAAGUCAGCUAUUUAGAGUUAUGUAAAAAGCGCAUGCUCUGGAAUUUGAAAUACUUGUCAUAGGUUUUUUUCUCGAUUGCCGCCAAACUCGGUCAACGUGAUCUCAAGACACUGGGGAUGAAAAAUUGCCAGGGGAUUUUUGAUAUCUCGAACGGUUUGCUCGUGGCGAGGCGUUGAAAUUAUGGCGAGAAAUGAGAAACAGGAAGUGUCUAAUACCGUCCACAUACAUUUCCUGAUUUUAAUCAAACUUCAUCAGAUUAUUCGUUGUAUGAUGUCGAUCGCAUAUAUGUGACUAUUAGGAGUCAAAGUUAUAGCGCCACCAACUGGCAGAAGGAAGUGUGUCAUUUUCAAAAUGAUUUGAAUUCAGCAUCUUAUUAUUACUCGAUUUGCUUCAAACUUCAUCAGAAUAAUGUUAAAACACAGCCGAUAUAAAUCUGCAAGGGGGAUAUUGAUAUCUAAAAAAUUGUUGGCGUGGCAACAUGUCAAACUGGAAUACUUCUCAGGUGAUUUUGAGGCAAAUAACAUACUUAGAAUUUCACAAAACUCUGAACACACAUCAGUAUUUCUGAUAGGAACUUAAAUUGUGAAUGGAUUUUGGAUAGCUUGAAUGGUUUUGCCGUGGUGAUUUUUUUAAAUGACCUUACAAAGGGAAUCAUUAUUGUAUUUUUAAAUUGCAGCUUCCAAACACGUCAAAUAAUUUUUUCAUACAGAUGAAAAAGUCAUUCUGAGGAAAUAUGCAUAGUUUAACGACUUUACAACACUGUAUGGAUAACAGAAAAUUAAAAAACUGUCAGACAUCUCA